AUGCGUAAAUUCUGGAUUCGCGAAGGGCUCAAUGUGACGAUGCUGUAUAUACUACCAUUUACCGUGCUGUUUUUGCCGUUUCUCGCGGACUCGGCGUAUUUUACGCAGUUUUCGCGCAAGGAGUUGGAUCGGGAUCCGUGCUACGAUUCGACCGGUCGGCCGGUCAGAUGUGUGCCGGACUUUAUCAAUGCCGCAUUUGGGAAGCCUAUAGUGGCCUCUAGCACUUGUGGCUUGAAUGGACCUGCUCCGUAAGUGGACUUUGAAAAUUUUAAGUCAUCAAAAUAAUAUUUUCAUAUUUUUUGAUAUUUCUUUGUGGGGUUCGGGUAAAAUUAAGCUUGUUUGAUGUAAACUACACUUUUUAGUUUUUCUUACUAUUUUGAUUUUUAUUUACUAAAUUAUCUUGCUUAUUUUCUAACGCCUUUUGCAUUUUUUCCAAGCUUUUCCCGAAUUUUUUCGAUUGCUUUUCAAAUUGUUUAUUUUCGUAAAAACUUGUCUCUGUAAUCAAACCUAUAUGUAUUACAUCGCUUCAUCUUGUCCUGAAACCUAAUCCCGACCCUCUGUUUCGGCCUCCCUUUAGCCCCGCUUUUACCUGCCCGGAUCAGCGGAAAUCCGCUGACCAUUUGGCCCGUCUGUAAUCAAUCAGGCCCCAAUUUGUCACUAAUUGGUUACACAACAAACAAAUGUAGUAUUAAAACGCGUCGAGCCGCUGCCGAGGCACUUAAUCUUUUUCGAAACCCGCCUUUGGGGUUUAAUUCCGACGUGAGGUUUCGGGCCGACGAUCAUGUUCGGGAAAUGGAUAGGGUCGCUUUGAACUUGAGAAAAGGGACAGUUGUAAGGGGUUGAGGAAUACGCUUUUCUAAGUGAAAACUCUAUGAACAUCGUAGAAUCAUAAAAUUAUGACGCCGGAAGUGUCACACCGGAGGGCAUGAAUUUCAGCAGUUGAGUUUAUAGAGAUUUUUUUUAAUUUUUUCUUUUUUGUUUUGCGCAUAAAUUGAUACCUUUUGCCGCAAAUAACAAAACAAGAUUCCUGAUAACAGCCAGAGCUCUACUAGGUCAGCAAAAGCCCAUUUCAUCUUACUCUUCCUUGAUCACCCCUUUUUGCGAAUCAUUUUUCAACGUCCACCCCUUGAGAUAACUGAUGGUCAGAUACUAUCCCCAAAAAUGCCACAGCAACUGAAGCAUUCCAAAACAUAUGCAGCCACAAGACAAAUCACCCAUCGCAGUCGCUUUUUCCGCCCGUCCGUAAUUAGUCCGCCGGAUCGGGGCUGUUUUUUGCGGCCGCAUUUGUCAAAAACUUUGCAAAUUGAGGCUGAACGUCGGCACAGUGCAAAAAACACCUCGCGGACAAAGAAAGAGCGACGGCGCGCAGCAGGCGAUCGUUCCGUUCUCAGGUUCCAGUUCCAGGUUAGAGAUUCAUAAUUUGAAAAGUUUUUUAGUUUUUUGGGUAAAGUUACGGUAAUUUUGAGGUCACGAGGAAAUUUGGGAGUUUUCAAAAUUUUGAUGGGAGUACUGUGAUUUCUAAUGCGCAAUAAGUUGAAUAUACCUUUAUUUACUAGCAAAGGUCUUUGUCGUAUUCUAAAACUAGUAAUUUAGAAGCAAAUUUUUGAUUAAGAUUCAAAAUCUUUUACAAAUAAUGGUACUGUAUUAUAAGCUCAUUCAAAUUUUCCAAAAAAGAGUUAACUUUUGAAAUGAAUGGUCUAUCUUGCCACGGAUGCCACUGGUUAUUCAAAAAUUUUAUUUUGCUUUUAGAGCCCUCAAGUUUAAAAUGAUAAAAAUUCAAAAUCACUUUCCAAAUGUUUUUUGAUUAUUUUUAUGACGUCACUCUCUUCAAUCGGCUAACACUUUGUUACUACAUCAAUACAUUUCCCUUCCUUUAUUGCACAAGUUCCUAGCAGCACACUCAUGUUUAUUAGACCAAAACAAUCGCUUUUUUCCUCAACCCCGGUGCCCGCAAGUGCCCUUCAUUUUUGGCUCUCAAGUGCCGAUCCAUGGCACUCGAAUCGAAGGGUGAGAAUGGCACUUUGGCCAUUGAUCCGCGUCCUUUAAUUGGAUUUGCGGCGCUUUUUUAUAUGGAGGUUUUUUUGCGGUCGUAAAAUCUGCGGAAGUGUCGACGGCCAAAACAUUGGUUUAUGAUGGCGCAAUCAGACGGCGGAGGUGUUUUUAGGGGCAAGGUGGAUGUGUUGCGCAAAAGCAAUAAAUGUCGGAGAGAUAGGCGUAUUUUACAGAUAGGAUAUUGCAAAUUAAACAGAGAAAUUAGCUUUAAAUCGCAAAAAACAGAAAGAAUUUCAAAAAAUUAAAACAUUUUUUUGGGGUUUUUGUAAAACUCAAAAACGUUUCACAAAAUGCAGCUGUUGCGUAUUUUACAACCUGUCUUCCACAUUUUCAAUCCAAAAAUGUAUCUUAGAAAUCAAAAUCAAAGAAAAGUCAUCAAAAAUGCACCAAAAUCAUCAAAAACCCCAUAACUUUUCAGAUAUUGCAUAUCCAGCCAAUCCAAACGCACCGGUUCGGUCGUUGAGCAAUGUGACAUCUGUAAUGCCAAAGAUUUCCGAACCUCACAUCCAGCAUCCUACCUAACCGACUUGAAUUCGGCUAAAAACCGGACCUGUUGGAUCUCCGAACCGACCAGUCAAUAUCCCCACAAUGUAACGCUGACAUUAUCGCUGGGAAAGAAGUUCGAACUAACCUACAUUUCAUUGCUAUUCUGUUCGAAAGUUGCGGAUUCAUUGGCACUUUAUAAAUCAACAAAUUUUGGAAAGACUUGGACCCCGUUUCAAUUCUUUAGUUCGGAGUGCAAAAAGAUUUAUGGAAGAGUGCCGGAAGUCCCGAUUGGACGGCACAACGAACAAGUGGGUUGUUUACUGUCUACAUUGCUUUUUGAAAUUUUACAACGUUUCAAGAAAUCUCAACUUUUGGCUAAAUGUGCUCAGUUUAUGAGCAAAAAUGUAGUUUUUCAAGCAAAAAUGCUUUAGGGAAUAAGUUAUGUUUUAGCUUGGAAAUAUUUUUGAUGGCUUAUUUCGCAAUAACAUUUUUUGUUUCUCUUAUUUUUGCAAUUUUUUGACACUUUUUGAAGUUUUCAUUUUGGCGGGAAAUUCAAAAUUCAAAAUUUAAAAAUCAUCAAAAAAUAUCCGGAUCUAUACUUCCGGUCACAAAUCAAAUUAUUUCUACUCUAAAAUCAAAAACGAGUCAUAGUUUUUCAUCAAUUCGCUUAUUUUUUAUCAAAUUUCCCUGGUCCAAUCUUAUCCCUCGCAAAAAAUAACUAAUCCUGGACUUUCAGGAAGCCCGAUGCACUGAUGCGCAUCUCACCGCCAAAUCAACUAAUCAGGUGGCGUUUGCGACGUUGGAGAAUCGGCCAAGCGCCUAUAAUUUCGAGCAUUCGCCGGUCCUGCAGGAUUGGGUGACGGCCACCGACAUCCGCGUCGUUUUCAAUCGACAUAGCCCGGAACAGGUCAGGAAAUGAAUAGAAAUCAAUCCUUUUUGGGGGUGGGUGGACUUGGAACUAAGUAGAGUGCGGUAUUGACCACACAUUGAAGAUAUUAACGGAAAUAUAAGGCGCUAAAUGCGUGAAAGGUUGGAAAAAUCAUCAAAAUGUCUAUAAUUUAUAGAACAUUUUCAAGUGUAUUACGCUUUUUCAAAAGUGCAGACACAUUUUCCGGCCUUUUUUGCACCGCACAGUUCAAGUUUCGCGUUCCCCGCGCGACGCGAUCCGAUUCGAAACAUUUUGCACUGUGCAAUUUCAAAAAAUUCGCGCCGGCUCCGUUGCGAAAAGCUUGCGUCGCAGCGAUAUCCGGUUGCACAGUGCAAAAGAUCAAAAUGCACCCCGCAAAAGGGAGUUUUGUGCACGGUGCGGCCCGCGACAAAAUGUGUCUGCACUUUUGAAAAAGCGUAAUAGAUAGAAAGUUACCGUAAGAAAUCUUGAAAAGAAGCUGUUAGUGGAUCGAAUACAUACUAGAACACGGUUUAAACAGUGUUUUGGUAAAGGCAAAAUAAACAUUUUUGCCAACAAAAAUUUUCUAAUUUUUUAAAACCCUUUCAAGUAGUAACUACAAAAAUCUGCAUAGCCAAACACUAAAUCCAUCUUCAUAUUUUCCAUUUCCAGGCCGAUCUCUACAGCCUUGAAGACACCUCGAACUCAACAGAGCUCGAAAGUUUGGAGAAAAUUGAGAAAAAGUAUUUCUACGCUCUCUCUGAAUUGGCCGUUGGCGGUCGUUGCAAGUGCAAUGGGCAUGCAUCGAGAUGUGUGUUCGAUAAAAGUGGAAAUUACGCCUGUCAAUGCAGACAUAACACCGGAGGAGUCGAUUGCGAAAAGUGCAAAUUAUUCCAUUACGAUCGACCCUGGGCCCGAGCCACGGCGGAAGAUGCAAAUGCUUGUGUUGGUAAGUAGGGGGAGUUUUUAAUACUAACAGAGUUUUAUGGGUAUGAUUGCGGGGUAUUAUAGAAGACAUAGGACCAAACAUCGAAAGAAUUUCUUUUGAUCUGUGGUUGUAUUUUAACCUUUUUAAAUGGUCAAAAGUCAAAGAGUGAACCCUGGAAAAGAAACUAAAAUUAGCGUUCAACCACCCCUGAGUAAUUUGUCUUGGGUUAACGUUUGUGGGACAUGCAAAAAACUCUUUUAUUUUUAUUGUUUUUUCCUGAAAUAGUCAUUUUUCGCCAAAAUUCUACUGUUAUGAUCAAUACUAUUUAACAACUAUAAAAUCAUGGUAUAAUACGACAAGUCAUCUGCAAAAUGUCGAAAGGCGCAACAUCUUACACAUUGUUAUAGGCAUUAGAAACCAAGAACUUUAGGCCGAAGUCACCAUAAAAUGCCAAUUUUCCAUAUAUAUAUAUAUAUUUCCAGUUUCCAAUGCAGCUUAUCUCCUUAUUUUUAGCUCAUUUGCCAGUCAUUUCCCAAUUAACUUUCCCUAAUCUUUCUUUGUUUUCCUAUAAAGACCUAUAAAUCAGGUCUUUUCGCUACUUCUUUGGCUAUUUUUAACUAUUUCUCUGUCAACUUCUACUCUUCAUCUUCCAUCGCCCGCUAGCUUCCUAUUUCCUACUCUAUUCGCUUCCAUUUUCUUUCGGCCGCAAGUUAGCGGCUAUAAUGGGAGCGCAUUUGAGCGCCCCAACUUUAAAUGCCGAAACAUCCGAGAGCCGUUGAAACCAUUAACAACUCAUAAAAUUUCAUUGGGCCUUUAAAGACCCGAAUGCAAUCAAGGACGGGGCGAAAAAAUGGGGGUAAAUAGUGGGGUCUUCCUUUCGCGGAGAUUUUUAUUCAAAUUUUAUUCCGACCCCCGUUGUUUUCAUUUCCUUUUAAUAAAAGAAACGGGUGAUGGAUGGAUUUGGGAUGUUCCAAAAUUUAUUAAGGACCCGAGAAUUUGAAUACAAGGAAAUUAAGAGAGCCGUGAGACCAAAGACUUGGAAAUACUGAGAGAGAGAACGGGACAAAAGGUCACGAAUAUUACACUGCAUACAUCAAUAGUACAAGUUCUCAAAGAUCAUACAAUAAAUUCGAAUUCUGAACAUCAUAGCCUUGUAGUUUAACAUUGCUGCUCUGUAGAUCACAGGGUCUCUAAAAAUUACAGCGAAAACGGAUGUAACUAGUAGCGCUGACACAACGGUAAAAUCAUUUUGUUGGCUUCUUCUAGGUCUGAAUGGUACAAUUGCUAUUUUCGUAUCACGUUAGCGCGAUUGCGCACUGAUAGUAUCUCUAAUUUGCUUAAAAUUCAAAAUCGAGCAACAUUUUUUGAGAAAAUCCUGAUUUCAGUUAUUUUUUUGAUAAGCUCACUCUUUUAUACCAGCAUAAAUUUUUUCGGAUGUUUAUGGCCUUGUAAACUGUUGUGGAUUGGGUGUUUAUGGUGCGAAAAGAAACAAGUGGCGGUGUUUGCGAAAAGCCCCCUCUUUUCGGAAACGUCUGCCGUCUUCGUAUGCUAAUCAACACAUUUGCAUAGCGGAUGCCCAUAUAUAUCAUCGUCGGUCUCGAGGGGAUCCGGCGAGAAUUUCGAAGGGUCGAACAGCUAACGGGGGGAUAAGAUGUUGAUAUAUCUCAAUGGAAAAGAAAACAAACUUCAAGGGUUUGUACCUAUAUUGAAGAACAGCAGAGAGUAGUAACUGUGUGUCAAGGUAGAUAGGAUUUCUUCGGUCAUCAUUGAACUUUUAGGCGAAAUCGACCUCUCACAAAAACCUGUCUAAUAUCGACCGAUUUCUCGGGUAUUUUAUACUCGUUUUUUACAGCCUACAUAUGCUAUUAGCAAUAUCUAACGUUAAUUUCACUUCAGUAUUAAUCAUCAUACCUCAAAAAAUUGUUUACAAAAAACAAAUAAUAAUGUUUUGAUUGGUUGAAAUCGAUGAAUUCCGGCGUUUUGAGAUUAGUCAUUGGACCAAUGUACGCCUAUAGGCUGUUAAAAUCAAAAUUUACGGGGAAUACAUUAUAAACAGACCCCGUCUAAUAGACGCGUUAAAUGGGGUUUCGGCGCAAUGUCCAAAUUUAUGCAAACAAAACGGAAUACAAAAGAUCCGGGAAAUUCCGUGGGUCUAAAUUCUUAGAGGAAGUGAAAGAAAAGUUGGAUUGGAGGCAAAAUACGACAUGAAGUAAAUUUUUUGGUCAAAAAUGGAUUUGAGAAUACAAAAGAAGUUCUGAAUUGGCAUCAAGAAAUUUGACUUUUUAGCAUCAUGCACAAUAAUAUACUAAAAUAUAAAAAAAAUAUAUAAAAGUCCUUAAUAUAAAUUAAGGAUUUUUGUUAAGUAUGUGUGAACUGACAGAAUCACUAUAACAUAUACAAUAUUCUGAUGCUUCAAUAAUAAGCCAAUUUCAGCCUGUAACUGUAACCUGCACGCUCGCAAAUGCCGUUUCAACAUGGAACUCUAUCGUCUAAGCGGCAACAAGAGUGGUGGUGUCUGCAUCAACUGUCGCCACAACACCGCCGGCCGCAAUUGUCACUACUGUAAACCGGGAUACUAUCGCGAUGUCUCGAGGCCAAUUACCCAUCGAAAGGCAUGCAAACGUAAGUCUGUUCACGAUUCCCUAAGGGCCUUCGCCGUGCCGGUUAUCUGGCGUCGUUCCAAUUGCCCGCAAGGCAAAUUAGAUUGGAAUGGGUGGUCUACUGGUUGAAAAGAUACAUUUUCAAUUCAAAAAAAGUCCAAAGAAUAUCAUCCUAUAUAUAAAUCUUACUGUAACAAAGCGAAACAAAAUUUUUUGUAAAUUUUAGACAAUAAAUUAAAAAAUUUAGAGAUAAACAAAAGUACAGUAAUCCCUAUGUCAUAAAAGUUGCUAAAUUACUUUCCUACCUCGAAAAGUUAAUUUUAUUCAGUUCCGACGUAAUUUUCUAUUCGUUUUUAGCCUGUAAUUGUCACCCAGUUGGAUCUUUGUCAAAGAACUGUAACCAGACCAGUGGCCAAUGCAUUUGCAAGCCCGGAGUAACUGGAUUGACUUGCAAUCGAUGUGCCAAGGGCUUCGAACAGAGUCAGAGCCCUAUUACACCUUGUAUUCGUAAGUCUUUAUGUGCUACAACAAACUUAGGUGAAAAUGGGGGUUUUUUUUAAUUUUUUUGUCUAUUGCAACAUAUUUUUUGUCUAGAAAACUUACCUGCUUUUGUCUAAAUCAUUGCCCAAAUCUCGAUUUAAUCAAAACUUCCCCCAAUUUAAAUAUUCAAAUUUCCCAUUGCCGGAUUCCUUGCAAGUUUAUUUACCCCUUCUCCCUCCGGGAAUAUAACGUUUUAAUUAAUCGGGUGCAGCUGUGAAAAACGUCCACGGAGAUUAGACGCCGAUGAGUAAUGAAGAAGAUUGACCAAACAAAAGAUAAAAAUCAUCGCCGAAGGGCUUCCGAUUAUGCUUGGCAAGUUUUUGAAGGCUGUAGAGUACUGUAGAAGAGGGUAGAUUUGACUGCGGAAACUUUGGAGGCCAAAAAUAGAAAUGCAGUUAAUUUUUUAGCAUUAUGAUUCGCCUUACGAAAAAACUUGAUUAAUUUUUUUUGCGAUUAUAGUCACCAUCUGUCCUCAAAUUCUUUUUAAUUUCGUUUUUUCCAAGGUUUUCAUCCAAUUUCCCCCAUUUUUUCAGCGAUCGCCGCAACUCCCGUUACCGAGCUCCCGACACGUAAGUCCCCUCUUCAACUAAUUUAUUCUCCAAUCUUUAGCGGUCUGCGAAAAGAAAUGCCGCGCCACCCCCUCCCGCCUCACCCAAAAGAAAUACUGUCGGCGGGAUUAUGGUAAGUGGAUCAAGUGUAACAUAAUCAAGUAGAAAAUAUAAGAAGAGCUUAACGACGAGUGCUGGGAAUGACAUUGGGGGAUUUAUGAUGACAUAUUGGGGUGCUCAAGGACAGUUAACGGGAUUUACAUAAGCUUUUUGAGGUUGGGUAACCUUGGUUCGGUUUAGGUAGAAAAUCUUAUAUUUUACAAAUAAGUAAGACCGCUCCAAUAUAGCACCAUAUACACCAAAAAUCUUUGCAAAAUACGAAACCAAGAUCUAGCCUUGUAUGCUUAAAAAUUAGCAAAUUUCAGCGGUCAAAGCCAACAUUUUGGAGAAAGAGCGAAUUGGAGAUUAUGACCGGUAUCUCCUGAAAAUUGAUGAGAUCACAAAGAAGAAGGCUUCUGGAGCUUACAAGAUUCGAUAUGGAAAAGUUUUCUUGUGGGUUCCAAGUCAACAGACCAAGUGCGGAUGUCCAAAGCUAAAGGAGAAGGAAGAGUACUUGAUCAUGGGUAAGUGGGCAUAAAAUAUAUUGCUUUCUGUCAAAGAUUGGUUGCUAAAUUUGCUGCUAAGCGCUUGUAAGUGCUCCAUUUCUGUACUUCAUGCAAUGUUAGGAAAUCUCGAACGUUUUUGAACUAGCUGGUGAUCAGAAAAUUCAAAAAAUAUCUUUGUGGGCCUUUUGGGGAUUUUUAAAAAUCUCUAGUUUCGUUUUUUCUUUUCGUUUUUUCUUAGUUGACAUGGUGAUUAACAAUAAUAAGAAAUAAUUUUUUCAUAAUAAAGACGCUAUUGAUUUCCUUCUUAAUAUUACAUCUUUCCCAAAAGUCAUCCUUCUCCCUUUCCAGGCCGAGAAAUCAGCAACGACUCGAAACGUCCCGGUCUCUCAUUCAACAAGCACACGCUGGUCAUGGAAUGGAAUGAAGAUCUGGCCGAUCGCCUGGAGCGUUUCUCACGUCGCGCUUUGCAUGGGUUCUGCCCAUCAAGCCGGCGACCAUCGGAAAGCCAUGAAUAA